AUGGACUCCAAAAUAAUUGUGAUCACGGGUGCGAACACAGGGAUCGGGCUGGAGACGGUGAAAGCUCUCUGCCAAUCUAAUCAGAAAUAUCAUAUCCUACUCGGCAGUCGCAAUCUCGAAAACGCCCAGAGCGACGAAUCGAUCGAUGCAGCCUUUGGGCAGAUUGCAGCCAAGUAUGACCGGAUUGAUUGCCUAAUCAACAAUGCUGGCGCUUCCUUUGAUUCUUAUAUUGAUCAAGGCAUGACAGCCCGCCAGGCAUGGAACAAAUCCUGGGACGUAAAUGUCACGGGUGCACAUAUCAUGACGACUAAAUUCCUUCCGCUACUACUCAAGUCGCAAGACCCGAGGUUGUUGUUCAUUACGAGUGGCCUGUCCUCACUACAGGGCGCUUCCGAUCCUCAGAAUCCGAAGAAUGUCCUAGCACCAGCGGUGCUGUCCAAGGCACUGCCGUUUGUCGGAUAUCGAUCAGCAAAAGCGGGCCUUAAUAUGUUGAUGGUGGAAUGGACUAAGGCGUUGAGGAACGACGGCGUGAAGGUGUGGGCGGUUGCUCCGGGCUUGCUGGAGACCUCUCUUGGGGGAAACCCAGAGCUGUUGAAGAAACUAGGGGCGAAAGAUCCCAAAAUUGGGGGUGAGGUUAUUCGUCGAGUCGUGGAGGGCGAACGUGAUGCGGAUGUUGGGAAGGUAGUGCGCGAAUAUCUGUCGCCGAUUCAACCCUGGUAG